CCAAGCUCCGGUCUCCCUCCGGCUUCUUCUUACAUCGCAAGAAAGGAAAAGGAAAAAAAAAAAAAAACCCACUCCAUCGCCUCCGCACACGGCGACGAUGAAGCUGGACGUCUCCGCCAUGGAGAACAACUUCGCCGUCCGCUGCGGCGGCGAGGACGACGACGGCGGCAUCUUCGGCGCCGGUGCCGACCUGCCCGCCAUGGAGCUCCCCACCUGCGCCGACUUCGAUGGGUUCCAGAAGGAGGCCAAGGAGCUGAUGAAGAACAAGAAGGGGACGACCACGCUCGCGUUCAUCUUCGACAAGGGCGUCAUCGUCGCCGCCGACUCCCGCGCCAGCAUGGGCGGGUACAUAUCUUCGCAAACUGUGAGGAAAAUUAUUGAAAUAAAUCCGUACAUGCUUGGAACAAUGGCAGGAGGUGCUGCUGACUGCCAAUUUUGGCACAGGAACUUGGGCAUCAAGUGCCGGCUCCAUGAGCUUGCGAACAAGCGGAGGAUUUCUGUUGCUGGUGCUUCAAAGCUUUUGGCCAACAUCCUUUACUCCUACCGUGGGAUGGGACUGUCAAUUGGUACAAUGAUUGCUGGAUGGGAUGAGAAGGGUCCUGGCUUGUACUAUGUUGAUAGUGAGGGUGCAAGGCUUGUGGGAACCCGAUUCUCUGUUGGGUCAGGUUCUCUAUAUGCCUAUGGCAUAUUGGACGAGGGUUACCGUUAUGUGAUGUCAGUUGAGGAAGCUGGUGAGCUAGCACGGCGGGCUAUUUACCACGCUACAUUCCGUGAUGGGGCAAGUGGUGGUUGUGUUAGUGUUUAUCACGUUGGCGCGGACGGCUGGAAGAAGCUUUCUGGAGAUGAUGUUGGGGAGCUUCACUACAAGUACUACCCAGUUCAGGCCACCCCUGUCGAGCAGGAGAUGGCCGACGCCCCUGCUGCUUAAAACCAUGUGCUUUGAACAACAGAAGCGCCUUGUCUAUGAACUUGGACAUGUUUGUCUCGUCGGUGUGAGAGAUCUUCUUUGAGAUCUGCUGAUGUUUUCUCAGUAACUUUUACACUACUGUUACCGCAAUGUGAUUGUAGACUGGUAUUAUAGAUAAUUUUCAUCCAUGUUCGGUUUA